GCGCGAAACGCGGAAAAAGUGCGCGGAGCAGAAGUGAGAGUGUGGGAGCGCCGUGGGAGGAAGGUGGAGGUUGUCUUUCAAGAGACCCGUGGACGCCGCUCUGUUCCGAAAAGCCGAAGAGCCGAAGCGAAAAUCACUUAUGGUCUCCAACACAUAGAAGAGUCGUGCGGCGUGCUUUUUUCUAUUGGUGUACCAGUGGCGCGGCAACGAUACGAAAGCGACUCGGUAGAUCGGCGGAAACGCGGCGAAUCGGCGUUUCGAAAGGGAAAAAGGAGGAAGCUUCAGCCGCCUGCUGGUGCUGCUGCUGCUACUACUGCUACUGUUGCUGCUGCUGCUGCUGUUGCUGCUACUCCUGCUACUGCUGUUGUCGCUGCUUGUUCCGACUUCCGAUUCUCGACGUACGGCUCACCUUGCGUACGACUCGUCUCUCGAGGCCUCUCUCUCUCUCUCUCUCUCUCUCUCGCGCGCCCCCCUCUCCCUCCCGGGGCCAGCAUCGCGAUCUACAGAUCGACCUCCGCCGCAGACUUCUGGUCUAGCCUUAGCGUACAGCUAACCGAAACUCCUAGCCCAGGAUUACAACUCGCGAUCGAGGAGCUAGGAGUCUGUCCGUGUAUCCUCCAGCGUCCUCCAGCGUCCUCCAGCAGCUCUUACCCCUGUGUAGAUCAUCGCCGUACUUGGCGCGUAGAUAUGACAGCCACGUUUUAUUCGCAAGGCCGAGAUACUGGAGCUGACGGGUACGUUUAUUUGGAACCUCUCAAAAUAUUUCCCACGGAUCAGUUUGUUAUAGUAGAGAGGGCUGGCGCGGAAAAUGCUGCGUUGACGGACACGGAAGAACGCACAAGUGCCGCGUCCAGCCAGACUGACCCAUCUGUUCCAACCGUCACGAAUAUGUGUACCACGCCUGGGAAUGCUGGUGCAGGAUUCGGGUACGCUUGGUCCUUCGGGGGGCCAGGGACCGAGACCCGGGAGAACGCGCAGAGCGAGCUCGCCACCAACAUCAGUUAUGCCGUCAACAAUAAUCAGGAUCAAGGAUCGAGUCAGAAGAUACAGGUCGACAUCAAGCCGGCCAAGGUUGCCGCCACCACUCAUCGACGUCCGAUGUUUGCGAUGAACGAAAGCUGUCAGCAAACACCCACUACGCAUCAUGGCCAUACGGGCGGAGCGCAUAAUCAAACUACUCACGGCACUCACGUUCGCACUAAAAAGCAUCACGAUGUAUUUUCAUUAACCUGUGACAAAGGGGGAUGCAAUUGCGACGCGGCACAUCCUACACCCCCACCUUCCUUAUUCUCCAAUACCUUAGUUUUUACAACAGCUGACAAGCACGCCAUGAGUAAGCACUUCAUGACACCGCUCGGACCUCUGCAGCUUACCGCGGAAGAGUGCAAUGAAAUCUUGAUGAAGAGAGCUGCCGCUGCAUCCAAUCAAGCCAGCACGGCGAAUAACGUUGCCACGAAUCAGACGGACAAUACUACCCAUUUCGGGCAUGUUUUGACCCAUGUGAAUACAACGCAAAUCGAGACGAAAGUCAAACAGCAACAGGAUAUGGGAAGUCAGGUCCGGGUACCGAAGGAACGACCCUAUUCUUGUUCGGAAUGCGGGAAAUCCUUUCUUCUCAAGCAUCAUCUUACGACGCAUGCGAGAGUACACACUGGAGAACGGCCACACAUUUGCAUUCAUUGCGGCAAAAGUUUUGCGCACAAACAUUGUCUUCACACGCAUCUGCUGUUACAUAGCGCCGAAAGGCCGUAUCAAUGUCGCGAAUGUAAAAAAUCUUUUACCCUGAAACAUCAUCUUGUAACACAUACCCGCGUGCACACGCGGGAACGGCCGUUUGUCUGUCAAGAAUGUGGAAGAGCCUUUCCUCUGAAACGUCACUUGGUGACCCACAGUAAGUUUCACUCGGGAGAAAGACCUUACGUUUGCGAAGAGUGCGGAGAAUCGUUUUCGCAGAAGGAUCAUCUUACGAUGCAUUCACGCUUCCAUGGCAGCCUACAUCCAUUCGUUUGCCACGAUUGCGGUGCAACUUUUCAGAGGAAGUUUGAGCUAGUUAAUCAUGGUCGGCUACAUGGCAGAGUUCCACAUGCGUGUACCGUAUGUGGAAAAGAGUUUCUGCAGAAGAGAACACUUUUAGCUCAUAUGCGUUUACAUACAGGUGAAACACCUUUUGCUUGCACCGUUUGCGGAGAAGCAUUCCCUCGGAAAGCAGACCUGGUCUCUCAUUCUAAGAUUCACAAUAACAAUGCAAAUACUGACGAAAAGUCUCUUACAUGCAGAGAAUGUGGGCUAGAUUUCCCAAAUCGAGAAGCUCUAAAUUUGCACCAAAGGUUACAUACUGGUGAUCGAACACUUGUAACAGACCUUUGUGGAUUAGCAGCCGCCUUUCAACAAACUCCAGCACAUUUCCUUACUCCAAACACUCCAGGAACACAUCAGAUGAACGGGCCGAUAGGAACGCCUGGUGUUAGUCAUAUGCAUGGCGCGACGCAAACAUCCCCGCCAGUGGGUACAGGACCAAAACCUAAGCCACAUAUUUGUCCUGAUUGCGGCCGUGGUUUCGCACAAAAACAUGGCUUGUCGCAACAUCAACGACGUCAUACAGAUGGCAGUUGCCAUAUAAGAUCACACGUAUGUGAUAAAUGCGGCAAAGCCUUUUUCCAAAAGAAUCAUUUGUUACUACAUCAACGUCAGCAUAUGGAUCCGCCACCAAGUAUACUUAGACAACAACAGAGACAAGCUGCCCAAGCUGCGGCUCAGCAAGCGCAACAGCAGCAGCAACAGCAAGCGCAACAACAACAACAGCAAGUUCAGCAGCAGCAGCAAGUGCAACAGCAAGUGCAGCAGCAACCACAGCAACAACAGCAGACGUGUACCGUCGAUACGAAAACGAUUCAGUUGCAGGCAAUACAGCAGCAAGUACAGCAACAAGUGCAACAACAGGUGCAACAACAGCAGCAGCAGCAACAACAGCAGCAGCAGCAGCAACAACAACAGCAACAACAACAACAGACGCAGCAACAGCAAGCAUGUUCCGUGGACGCUAAAGCAAUACAGUUGAAUGUCACCAUGUGAGACGGUAUAAAGAUGAGGGACUGGAGAGUCCUUGAAACAAUAGCACUCCCAAAUGCGCACCCUGCUGCCACCCUCUGCACGCACUUCUCUUGUACUAACAAUAUACGUUAGAUAUAUAUUUAUUAUCUCUAGAUUCAAAAAUAAUAAUCAAUUUUAUUACAAGAAUAGGAAUAUACAAAGAAUCUACAUAUAUACACUAUAUUCUAAUUAAUAUAAGGCUUGUAACAAAAAACAAAAAAUAACCAUAUAUUAGUGUUUUACAUAUACUUUAUAAAUAUACAAAUAUAAAAAUAUAUAUAAAUAUAUAAAUAUAUACUUUAGACAUGUAAAAUGAGACUAAACAAAUUAGUUGCCUUAACGAGAAGAAGAAUUUUAAUGAACAUAUUAACUAUUAUGUUUGGUGAUUUUUUCAUUUACUUUUAUUUAGUAGGACAUCACUUUAUAAGAAAACACGUAUUGAAUAAAUCGAGAUAAAAAAAUAAGUUCGUCGUGUAUCGCUGCUUUGUUAUUAUCCUUCUCAAUGUAUUGUGCGAUGAUAAUUGAAAGGAGAUAAUUGAUGUGUGAACAGUAAUAGAAAGGGGGAGAUUCUGUAAACGAUUUUAGCGAAGAGAAAGAGGGUGGCAGACAUUGCGCAUUUAUGAAGCAUUUUUAAAGCUUAGAUCUAUACAAGAUAGCAUUUUAGUCCCGCGCAAUUUAUAUUUUUACGUUAAACGAUUCGAGCAAAUCGCUCGUUAAAUUUUAGAAGUAAUACGUAAGAAUCCCGGUUUUAUAAGAUCCAAAUAUCAAUAAAUGGAUGUAAAUGUUUUUCAUGAGGAAUCAACGCGAUGUAUGGACGCCAUAUAAGAUCUUAACGUUAUACAUAUAUAAAAAUUAAUGCAUAUAUAUAUAUAUAUAUAUAUAUAUAUAUUAUAUAAAUCAUACAUCAGUAAAGUAUAUCUUAUAAAAGUUAUAAGAUCAAUACUUGUAUUUUGUACACGUAUUGAUCUUUUUAUACGUGCACACUUCGCGUUUAGAAUUCCAAGAAGCCUUUCCACGUGCUUAAUUAUCUUUUUCGAUCAAAACAUUUUCUCCGUGAUGACAAAGUGCGCGUCGCGUGCGGUUACGUGUGAGAUUGCUUAGCGGGCUCUUCUAGUAAAAACGCAAAUUUAAUUUUUGUCAGCAAAAGUAUAUUAAUAGUAUAGCUAGAAAAUCGGAAGAAAUACGAAUAAAGGUUUCCUACAUAGUUUUAA